GUGGUCGCUAAUCGCCGGGAGAUUACCGGGCCGAACAGACAAUGAAAUAAAGAACCAUUGGAAUACUCACUUGAGCAAAAGGUCACUAACAAUCGACGACCUAAACCUCAAGUUGAAUCACAACCUUGGGCUUAGCCAUAUGCACCGCGAUUCGAGCCAGGGCUUUGCAGCUGCCCAGCUGAGGGGCAAUAUCGCGGAAUGGCUCACAACCAAUGAUUUCGAGCCGGCAAACCUGUCAUCUGAGUUGCCCAAGUUCGAGUUCGAUUUCGAAACGCUCUUUGACUUCAUGCCGCGGACAUGUGACAACCAGAACGUUGGCGGCGGCGGCGGCGGCAGCAGCAGCGAGCUAGGAGUGAAAGAUUACGCCAUCAUAGGCCACGAUGGUUAUAUGAUUAAUGAAGAUGAUGGAGAUGGAUUUUUCAAUCUAAACCAUUUUGGUGAUCCGCCGCAGAUUGGUGCACUGGACCAGCUUACUAAUUUUCAGGAUUAUGUGCUCUAUUAUUUAGAAUAA